UUGCUGCUGGUUGGAAGGAGGGGGAGGCCAUCCAUUUCAUUUACGAGGCCUGCGCGAACUCGGCAUAGAGAGAGCGUCCAAACGUCAAAUUGGGAUAUUCUUCUUUUUACUUCAGACAAACUGGAUGCUCGCAAUAACAUACAUCUUCAUGGCCUGCCGCGUUAAGUUGUAAAGACAUCUGGUCAACAUAAAGCGAUAGCUUACGCUCUGAUGGUACCAGCUGACCAGUGACACUUGCCCGAGGACACCUCACCCGCUGCCCCCCUCUCCCCCACCCCCUUUACCAUGUCUGGGAUCCAGGUGCCAUGGUUGCCUGGCACAGAGUGUGUAGCCAAGUACAACUUCCAGUCGACGAAUGACCAGGACCUGCCUUUCUGUAAAGGAGAUGUGUUGACCAUAAUCGGAGUCACCAGGGAUCCCAACUGGUACAAAGCGAAGAACACAGUGGGCAGAGAGGGCACCAUCCCAGCUAACUACGUCCAGAAAAGGGAAGGGGUCAAGUCAGGGGGAAAACUCAGUCUUAUGCCAUGGUUCCAUGGUAAGAUAACGCGGGAGCAGGCAGAGUGCCUCCUCUACCCCCCAGAGACUGGUCUGUUCCUGGCGAGGGAGAGCACCAACUACCCCGGGGACUACACCCUGUGUGUCAGCUGUGACGGCAAGGUUGAGCACUACCGCAUCAUCUACCACAACGGCAAGCUCAGCAUCGACGAGGAGGAGUUCUUCCAGAACCUCAUGCAGCUGGUGGAGCACUACACUAAAGACGCCGACGGCCUCUGUACCAGACUCAUCAAGCCAAAGCUGAUGGAGGGAACGGUGGCUGCCCAGGAUGAAUUCUCCAGGAGCGGCUGGGCCUUGAACAGAAAGGAACUCAAGCUCAUCCAGACCAUUGGCAAAGGGGAGUUUGGAGAUGUGAUGGUGGGGGACUACAGAGGGACCAAGGUGGCAGUGAAGUGCAUCAAACACGACGCCACGGCCCAGGCGUUCAUCGCUGAGGCCUCCGUCAUGACGCAACUGAGGCACAACAACCUGGUUCAGCUGCUGGGGGUGAUCGUAGAGGAGAGGGGCAGUCUCUACAUCGUCACAGAGUACAUGGCCAAGGGCAGUCUAGUGGACUACCUCCGUUCUCGAGGACGGACCGUGCUGGGAGGAGACUGUUUGCUCAAAUUCUCACUUGACGUAUGUGAAGCCAUGGAAUACCUGGAGGCCAAUAACUUUGUGCACAGAGACCUGGCGGCCCGGAACGUGCUGGUGUCUGACGACAACAUCGCCAAGGUCAGCGACUUUGGUCUGACCAAGGAGGCCUCGUCCACACAGGACACUGCCAAACUGCCCGUCAAAUGGACCUCCCCCGAAGCCCUGCGAGAGAAGAGGUUCUCCACUAAGUCAGACGUGUGGAGUUAUGGUAUCCUGCUAUGGGAGAUCUACUCCUUUGGGCGUGUGCCUUACCCCAGAAUUCCCCUGAAGGAGGUGGUGCCGCGGGUGGAGAAGGGUUACAAGAUGGACGCCCCCGACGGCUGCCCAGUGGUGGUUUACGACGUCAUGAAGCAGUGCUGGACCCUGGACGUGGGGCUGCGGCCCUCCUUCCGCAUGCUGAGAGACAAGCUGUCGCAUAUCAGAGCCAAGGAGCUCUACCUGUGAGGGGCAGGGAGGGAAGACACAGCAGACUAGAGCGGAGGGAGGGAGGGAGCGUCCAGGCUGGGGGAAACUAACUGGAGCAGGACCGGAACUCCUCAUCCAGCCUCACCUGUAGACCACACCCUACCUGACCUGUACCUGUUUUCCUCUGGGACUGUAGUAAACCCUCCCCUGUGUUACCUUCCCUCUCUACUCUUCUGAAGGAAAGGAACAGAAGUCCUAUUUGUUGUAUAGCUUUCUGUCAGCUGGUUGUCUUCCUCCUCUGUCCAGCCCAUCAGACUCCCUCUACCCCCUUCCUCCUCCUGUUCUCCCAGUCUCUCCACUGUGGCGUUGUCACCUCAAACUCUUCUUAUUUUCUUCUCCAAAACGUGAUGAUAAUGGGGGAGGCUGGCCUUUUCCUCCACAUGUUUGUCAGGUGCUCUCAAUCUCUCUCGGUCUGUCUCUCCGUGCCCUGAUCAUUCCUGUAUCUGUGUUGGUUGGUAGUGUGGCGCUGCAUGCUGUCUGUCCCUCACCCUCCUGUGUGGGGCCUUACUUGGGGCAUUGGCUCUGUGCCAAAGUGCUUCCAGUAUACAGAGCUCCAGACCCCCUCAGCUUCCAGAACCUACUCCUCCACUCGGACUAUUCAGUUUUUAUUCCUUUUUUUUAAAGAAAUCUUUUUUUAAAUAAUUUUUCUGGUGGGAGGUUAGUUGUGCAGUUGUCUCCCUCCGGCUCCAGAACAGGUUCUUCUAUGUCCGUUAAAGAGAACGUGAACAUUUGAGAGGAAAAGAGGCCAGUACAUAAAGAGCCUCCACUGGGAAGCGCCUAUCUACAACUCCACACAGGACAGGGGAGGGAGGCGCACUUCUCAACAUAGUCGAUUCAUCAUAUGUGGGGUUGUUUUAUAUUAAAAUAUAAUUAAAGGAUAAAAAAAGAACCAAAUGAAGCCAAGGAAAGACAGACUGAAGGAUAUAAGAAUGUUUUAGUGUAGCGAAUGCUGGGGUUGGGUGUGUGCAUGCCGUGCGAGAGGCCUUGGGUUUAACUGUCAGUGCGUUCAAUGUUUAUUAUGCUACCAUGAUUAUGAAUAAAUCAUUCCAUCUGAAUAGUGUGGAAAGAACGUCAACAGUCCACACUGACAUCACAGGGAGAGGGGGCUCCCCUCUGAAAGCACCUGGGUACUAUUCAGUCAUGUGAAUGUCCUGGAUGAUAGAGGUAACAGCAGGGCAGUGGGCCACUAGGGAUGCCCUGGGUGUUUGUUCCAUAUGAAGUGAACCUCUAGUCAUUAUGCUAUUACACACACACACACACACACACAUUCCCACACGGUAAAUAUUAAUUUACACAGAGGUAAUACAGCCAUUCCACACACUUUACAUACCCACUGUGUUCAUACAUACAUUUGGGCCAAUGAAUCUUAUUUGACUGAACUGUGAAUAAGGUAUUCUAACUGGAUUGGUCCUGUGGUCUUCAAAUCACAUUUUUAUUGGUCACAUACACAUGGUUAGCAGAUGUUAUUGCGAGUGUAGCGAAAUGCAUUUCAGAACCUGUGACUUCACAGAUUGAGCCUAAAAUAAUUUCUCACACAGCUCUGUUUUAGAAGUGUUUAUGAGGGUGUGAUAACAGAUAUAGCUGACGUGCCAAAAGAGUCUUCAAGCUGCAGUGUUCUGUGUCAGCUGAUCUGUUCCAUUUCCAGUGGUUAGUCAAAUAGACUAAAGCUCCUCAUCAUUUCAUUCUCUUCUCCAUUCUUUCCCCUGGAGUGGCUGUUCCUCCACUCGUCUCCAGUGAUGUUCUGCUGCAAACAGGGCACACACAGAAGGACUGAGCAGAGCUCAAAUAGAACAGCUUUAAGGGCCUUGUCUGUGUGACAGUGUAUUUUUUUUGUUUUGUAAAGAAAGAAGAAAAAAAACAUGAUUCAAUUAUCUUCAGCUUUUGUCUCUUUCUUUCUGGCUCAAUGCCUUCCUUUGCCCAUGUGUCUUUCUGUUUCCAUCCCUCAUCCUAUCUCGCCAGCCCUGUUGCUUCCUGCACAUAAGGAGCCAACAGUUGUCCAUGGCCCUGGCUGACUGGCUCAAUUUGAUUCCUGUGAAUGUUAACGGCGUUGACAGUCCAGAGUGGUAACAAUGGGCUGGUUACACAACACAUGGCGCUCUCAGCCAAGACUGCGCCUCUGCUUAGCUGUCAGAACCCAUCGUUACACUGGGCCGUCACUCCAUCUCACAUUUACAGUGCUGCUGAAAACACAGGAGGAUCAAUGCUGGAGAGGGACCUCUCAGAUUUAGAUGCAUGUUUUGAUGUGUCCUGUCUCUAUGGCUUAGGCUACUAUAAGAUUGCAACAAUUAAUCUUACUCACCCAGUCAUGUGAUGGUUGUACCACUACCAUGGAUCAACACCAGCUGGCACCAUGUAGUCUACUCCAGUAGAACUCAUGGAUGGAGAUAAAUAUGUUACAUCAGGCCUUCAUUGUAAAGAAGAAUUUGUUUUUAAUCAAUCUGCCUGGUAAAAUACAAUGCAUCAAUAAAAAGCCUGUGUGAUAUACUGCUAGUGUUAUAGUGGUAACAACAUAGUUAGUCACCCCUCUUGCGUGUUCAAAUGUAGCCGCAUUAGGCUACUUGUGAGUUAUAGAGAUGUCAUCCUACCUUGGAAGGGUCAUAGUUCAUUCCAGGACUUUAGCGUAUGAUUCUCAUCUCACACUGACACACACAUUCACAAUUAAAUGCCACAAUCCUGUCAACUACACACACACACAGUUCAGUGCGUGUUCUUCACUAUCCCAGAUGAGUGGAGGAGGAUGCAUCCUGUUUUAUUCAGCUUUUGAUACGUUGUCAGCAGAGAUCCAUAACUUAUCUCCAAAGCCUGAUAUUUCUUGACAGCAACAAAUUAAAACUCACCAUGAAUUAAUCUGAUUACACCAACAAUUUUUGUUAAAUCCAGGAGGAUUCUGAUGUUUGCAGGCUAGAGGCUAGUGUGGAUUGUAGUGCCUGAGCCUCUGGGCCAUUUGAAGUAGUUGAGUUGACAGAUGUACAUGUGACAGAAUGUGGCCGAGGUCAUCUUUCUUCUACUCCAUGUACUGCAGCUGUCUGCUAUGACAGGAAACCAUAUCAUCAUGGAUACCUCAUCCAAUUCGACAUGCUGCUGUGAUCACAAUCCAAUUAUUAACUGGGUGGUUUGACCCCUGAAUGCUGAUUGACUGAAAGCCAUGGUAUAUCAGAUCUUAUACAACGGGUGGGUCUAAUCCUGAAUGCUGAUUUGUUAAAACCGCGUUCAAUCUGGUGUCUAUACCACAAGUUACCACCGACUAAAUCUAUGACUUUAAAAUGCCUAUUCACUCUGUUCCAUGUGACUGUGCAAUCCACUGUUUUAUCAGCCCAGCCAGGUAAUUUAUAAACUUGAUCUCCACUAUCAAAAACAUCUAGACAUUUUCUCACAUUUCUUUUAGACUAACAUUUAGUUUUCAACAGCGGAGAGUUGUAUAAACCUUGCUGUCUGUCUCUGACAUUUGCAGCAUUGUUCCAAUAUUCUAUUUCCAGCUGUCGCAUAGUAAUGGACGUGUCGGGAUGAGACAGACAGGCAGGCAGCUUUUCUCAGCCAUUCGAAAUCAUGAAUCAGUAUCAUUUUUAUAGAUAUAUAAAAAUAAAUGUCAAUAGAAAACAAGUCAAAUGAAACAAAGUGCAGCUAGUUUGCGGUCUUUCCAGCUUCAGUGAUUUGAUAUAGAUCUGUUGUUGACUAGCUCCUGUAAGAAAUUGUAUUAGAUAUUGGUAACUUGUUUUAACAACUUCUCAACAUUACCUAUAAGUUGACACAACAUACACACCCCCUCUUUCUCUUGGACAUAUGCUGGACACAUAGGACAUAUACACGGCACCCACAAUUCCCCUCCCCCAUGACAAUCACACAGACACACCCAACCCAUGGUUGGACCUCAGGACAAAGAACUCUCAGGAACCAAUGGAACGUGGACACCAGGCCUGAUCAGGACUACCCAAGACCCAGAUCGACCAACCGGAAGGCCGGACUCGCAGAUCUACCUACUUUGCUUGUUGACUAUAUAGUACUGAACAUUUCUGGAAACUGUCUCUUUUCCGGACGAUUCACUAGGAGUCAGACUGAAAGAGCCUUGCUGCAAGAUUUUACUAAGAUAUCUUUACAUGUAAUUAAACGGCCUUAUUAUAAAAUAUCCA